CGCUUUAAACUGAUGUUCACGAAUUAGCAUAAGCGGAAAUAAAGUUUAGCCGUCUGCUUUGGACUCCGUGAUAAGGAUAAGAUGUGUUAUACUUUGAUUCUGCAACUAACGCUGUUUCUGGGCGCCGUGAAAGGAAUGGCAGACAGGUCUGAUCCACGGAUCUCGAAGGAGCAGGUCCUGCUGCGAGAUUUGAUGUACACGUACGAGAAGUCGGUGAGACCAGUGUUCAAUGCAGACAAACCAGUCAAUAUUGGCCUCGGUUUGACCUUGACCCAGAUCCUUGACCUUGAUGAGAAGAACCAAGUUCUAACUACAAAUGUCUGGUUGGAAGUUGAAUGGUUUGAUGAGCGACUGGUGUGGAAUUCCAGCGACUACGGCGGUAUUACGACCUUGCGAAUCCCCUGCCAUUUACUUUGGUUGCCAGAUAUCGUGUUGUACAACAGUGUAGAUGACUACACAUCCGGGUAUAUGCCGAGCCUCGCUAUGGUGUACAACACGAGUCGGAUAUUCUGGGGCCCUGUCGUGCGUUUCCGUAGCUCGUGCCGAAUAGACAUCACUUACUUCCCCUUUGAUGACCAAAUAUGCAUGCUCAAGAUUGGAUCGUGGGCUUAUAAUGGCUUCCAAGUGGACGUGUGGAACAGGUCUCACACCAUGGAUCUCGCCAACUUCGUUGACAACGGCGAAUGGGAACUCAUCGGGGUUAAGGUCACUCGCAACGUCGUCAUCUACAACUGUUGUGACGAGCCCUUUCCGGACGUCCGCUUUUACGUCCAUCUGCGCAGGCGCGUGAAAUACUACUUCAUGAACAUCAUCAUCCCGUGCAUCAUCCUGUCGUUCCUCUGCCUGGCCGGCUUUCUACUUCCGCCGGAGAGCGGGGAGAAGAUAACCCUUGGCUUGUCGGUCCUACUCACCAUCACGGUGUUCAUGUUGAUGGUGGCGGACAAGAUGCCGCAGACGUCGGAAUCCGUGUCUGUUAUUAGUAUUUAUCUUAUGGUCGUCCUAUCUCUGAGCUGUAUGUCCGUCCUGUCGUCCGUGUUUGUGCUAGGGAUCUACCACCAGCGCGGAAAACCUAAAAACGUGCCACGGAUCCUGAAGAUCAUCACGUUCAACAUCCUGUCACCAAUGCUGUGCAUUAGUGGCCGCGGCCGAGACCGCAGACUGGCGCCAUCCGUAUGCAAGAGGGGUUCCCGCUGGCAGAGAGUGGCAACGCAGGAACCGGAAGUCAUCAGGAUCUCCACCAUCGACCAGACGAGAGAGCACAUGGAGUUGUCCCCCCACUCCAUCAAGGACGACAACUACGUCGAGCAUCCGGUAACGUGUUUCGAUGACGUCACUCCCCACCCGCACACGGCCGUGGUUAAGGAGAUGAUCUCGAUGAUUCAGAAGAAGCAGUUUGAGGAGACGAAGGAGGAGGAAGUGUUCAGGGAUUGGCGGGACGUAGCCUUCAUUCUCGAUCGUCUGCUGUUUUUUGUGUUCCUAAUCACGACCAUUAUCUCCACGGUGAUCAUCUUGGAGAUGCGGCCGCAUGCCAAUCAAGAUGGGUUUGUCAAGACGUAGUUGAAUAAAUUGUUUGUUUCU